GUUUGGCUAUGGCGGAAAAUUGGCGCCCACCGUCGAGGGACGAAUUCCGGGAGAUGGAAGCUCGAAACAUUCCCGUGGUUUUUCCAGGGAUUCUGCGGCAAUGGCCCGCAUUUGAGCGGUGGAAUCCAGCCACUGGCGGUGUCGAGCAUCUUAAGGAAAUCGCAGGAGAACCUCUAGUGCAAGCAAUGGUGAGCACCGAUGGGUCUACGUUCUUCGGUGAUAUUAGAAGCCAUGAAAGAGUGGCGUUGCCUUUCAGAGAAUAUCUAGACAUGGUUUUGUCACCUGGAGAGCACAACGAUCACUUUUAUCUGGCACAGGUUCCUAUAUGCGUGAAAGACUCAACCGAGAAACCUCCGCUCGCUUCUCUGGAAUCCGAGAUAUCCCUGCCAGAGUUCCUGGACGAGGAUGCGGUCUCAAACAUCAACCUUUGGAUGAGUUCGACGUCUUCUCGAUCAAGCAUACAUUAUGAUCCAUACCACAAUGUUCUUGGAGUCGUGACGGGUCAGAAGAAAGUUACUCUGUGGCCUCCUGAUGCGGCGCCAUAUCUGUACCCAAAGCCACUGUAUGGAGAAGCUUCGAACCAUAGCGAGGUGAAUUUUGUAGAACCAGACUACCAAAAAUAUCCACGCUUUAGAGAUGCAUCAAAACACAGUCGGGUUCUGGUAGUCGAUGCUGGCAGUGCAGUUUUUAUACCAGAGGGCUGGUUCCACCAAGUGGACAGUGCUGCUCUAACCAUUGCCGUAAACUUUUGGUGGGCGUCUAAACAAUCUUGCGCAUUCGACACGCCCAUGGAUGCAUAUUAUUUGCGGAGGAUUUUAGUGAGUCUUUUGGACGCCGAAAAGGUCAACAAGCAACAAUUGCCAAUGCAAUUUACUUAUAUUGUUCUACAGAGAUCGAUGCUCGGAUGGAAUCCUCACGUGGAUGUAGAAAUUGAUCUUGAUGACGUGCAAGGAGCAGAAGAUCUUACCGUGAACAGCUUGAGUCCACUAGAAACAAAACAACUUCACGUCAUACUAUCCUGCGUAGCGGUCGCAGUGAACAAUGGCAAUUGUGAGGACGAUCCUAUCGCAAGUGUGUUUCUAAAUACGAGCCCUCGAAGCCUUCGUCGAAUCUUUCUUACCAUGGUGACUACAUUUCCUCGUUCACUAGAAGCACUCGUAUUGCAUGCUCUCAGUCCUGUCGCUGCAGAACUUUUGACAAAACAGUUUGAAGAGAUGGACUCGAUUGCUUCUGAAGCAUCACAAGCAGAGUUCUACAAGCGCUUUUACAGUGUUUUUGACGACUCCAGUGUCGCAAUGGCUGCGCUCCUCGAUAGGAAGGAAGCGUUCGCAUCAAAGGCUUUGGACAGUGUCAUGGAGAAAUUUCUGGGAUGUAAGCUUCACUGACAAUGGGCUUUUGUAAAUCAAUUUUUAAACAAGGCGCUUCUCAGGUAUCCUUUCGAGUACAUUUUAUCGAA